UGGGAAGGGAGGCUUCACAAACACCCAGUGGAGGCUUCAACGCCAUAAACAAGAAGCUUCAGUUUGAACUGGAGGAGAAGCUGCUGGGUUUAACCCUAAGGACUUUGGAACACAGUCGUACCCAGAAAUUUCCAAUGUGAAAUUGUCGAGGGAGGUAGAUUUCAGGAGAGUCCCAGUCUGCACCCGGUAACAGCAAAGAAAUCACGAAAACCAUGUCUUAUUUACAAUGGCGGGGUAUAUCCCCAACAUCCCUCACGGCGGAGAAUGGUCCCCAAUCCAGACCACAGGAGGCCAUUGCGCAAGUGCAGGACGGUCCAGUGUUUGGAGCAUGCGCAGUGGGAGUGAUAGCGAAGGGAACGUACCUGUAUGUCGUCUCUGCAGCCAAUAAGGGUAUUAGAAGGGGAGGAUUUUCAGUCGGGAAACUGAAACCAAAUAUCACAUCAGGAUCUGACGGUGAUGCCCAAUUUAUCGUAACUUGAAUAUCAUUGGAGUUUGAACAUGGAAGGAGAAAGCACCAUUCACAGUGGGGAGAAACCGUAUACAUGCUCUUUGUGCAGGCAAGGCUUCAACCAAUCAUCUGAUCUGUCAAAACACCAGUGCAUUCACACCAGAGAGAGGCUGUUCACCUGCACUGAGUGUGGAAAGGGAUUCACUCGGUUAUUCACCCUGCUGAGACACCAGCGAGUUCACACUGGGGAGAGACCGUUCACAUGCCCUGAGUGUGGGAAGGGAUUUACUCAGUCAUCCACCCUGCUGACACACCAGCGCACUCACACGGGGGAGAGGCCAUUUACCUGUUCUGAGUGUGGAAAGGGAUUCAUUAAUUCAACCAAUUUGCUGACACAUCAGCGAGUUCAUACCGGGGAGAGGCCAUUCACCUGCCCUGCAUGUGGGAAGGGAUUCAAUAAUUCAUCUAACCUACUCAGACACCAGCGAGUUCACACUGGGGAGAGGCCAUUUACCUGCUCCGUGUGUGAUAAGGAAUUUACUCAGUUAUCCCACCUGCUGAGACACCAGCGAGUUCACACUGGGGAGACACCGUUCACCUGUUCUGAUUGUGGGAAGGAAUUCAGUCAGUUAUCCCACCGGCUAAGACACCAGCGAGUUCACACAGGGGAGAGGCCAUUCAUCUGUUCCGAGUGUGGAAAGGGAUUCACUCAGGCAAAUGAUUUGCUGAGACACCAGCGAAUUCACACUGGGGAGAAGCCAUUCACCUGCUCCGAGUGUGGGAAGGGAUUCACUCAGGGAAAUGAUUUGCUGAGACACCAGCGAGUUCACACUGGGGAGAAACCAUUCACCUGCUCCGAGUGUGGGACAGGAUUCACUCGGUUAUCCAACCUAUUGGAUCACCAGCGAGUUCACACUGGGGAAAAGCCGUUCACCUGCUCUGAAUGUGGGAAGAGAUUCACUCGGUCAUCCAGCCUGCAGAAACACCAGCGAGUCCACACUGAGAAAAGUCCUUCCACUUGCACAGAGUCUGGGGAGGGACUCAUUCAGUUAUCCAAUCUGCAGACACACCGACAAGUUCACACUGAAGCAAGUCCUUCCACCUGCACAGAGUCUGGGGAGGGACUCAUUCAGUCAUCCCGCCUGCAGAGACACCAGCGAGUCCACAUUGAGGAAAGUCCUUCCACUUGCACAGAGUCUGGGGAGAGACUCAUUCAGUCAUCCAGCCUGCAGAAACACCGACAAGUUCACACUGUGGAAAGUUCUUCUACCUGCACAGAGUCUGGGGAGCGACUCAAUCAGUCAUCCAGCCUGCAGACACCCCGACAGGUUCACACUGAGGAAAGUCCUUCCACCUGCACAGAGUCUGGGGAGCGACUCAUUCAGUCAUCCAGCCUGCAGAAACACCAGCGAGUCCGCACUGAGGAAAGUCCUUCCACUUGCACAGAGUCUAGGGAGAGACUCAUUCAGUCAUCCAGCCUGCAGAAACACCAGCGAGUCCUCACUGAGGAAAGUCCUUCCACUUGCACAGAGUCUGGGGAGAGACUCAUUCAGUCAUCCAACCUGCAGAGACACCAGCGAGUUCACACUGAAGCAAGUCCUUCCACCUGCACAGAAUCUGGGGAGCGACUCAUUCAGUUAUCCAACCUGUUAACAGACCAGCGAGAUCACACUGACAGACCUUUUAAAUGUCCAAACAGUGAGAAGUACUCUAAAAGUUCCCUGGAGCUGAAGUACCAUCAAGUUGUUCAUAAUGACGAGAGACCGUUCAGGUGCUCUCACUGCAGCACUGAGUUCAGGCGAUCAUCGGACCUCAGUGAACACCAAUGCACUCACUCUAGGGAGAGACCCUUCACUUUCCCCAAGUGUGGAAAAGGACUCACUCAGUCUCCCAAACUGCAGACACGCCAGCGUACUCACACUGGGAAGAGGCUGUUCACCUGCCCCGAUUGUGGGAAGGGAUUCACCCAGUCAUCCAACCUGCUGAGACACCAGCGAGUUCACACUGGGGAGAGACCGUUCACCUGCUCUGAUUGUGGGAAGGGAUUCACUGAGUUGUGCAACUUGCUGACACACCAACGAGUUCACACUGGGGAGAGGCCGUUCGCCUGCUCCGAGUGUGGAAAGAGAUUUAUUAAUUCAGCCAACAUGCUGAGACACCAGCGAGUUCACACUGGAGAGAGACCGUUCACCUGCUCCGAGUGUGGGAAGGGAUUCACUCAGUUAUCACAUCUACUGAGACAUCAGCAUGUUCACACCGGGGAGAAACCGUUCACCUGCCCGGUGUGUGGGAAGGGAUUCACUCAGUUAUCGCACCGGCUAAGACACCAGCGUGUUCACACUGGGGAGAGACCGUUCACCUGCUCUGUGUGUGGGAAGGAAUUCACUCAGACAAAUGACCUGCUGAGACACCAGCGAGUUCACACUGGGGAGAGACCAUUCAUGUGCUCCGAGUGUGGGAAUCAAUUUGCUCAGUUAUCCACCCUGCUGAAACACCAGCGAGUUCACACUGGGAAGAGGUCGUACACCUGCUCCAAAUGAGAGAAGGGCUUCUCUCGGUCACCCAACCUGCUUCGACACACCAACGAUUUCACAUUGGGCAAGACCUUUUAAAUUCCUGGACUGGGGGAAAGUGAAAUAAAAGUUCUUGGGAACUGUUCCAUCUACAUGUUCACACUGACGAGAGACCGUUCAGGUGCUCUCACAGCAGAUGUGUCCAGGAAAUCAUUUCAAUUCACUGUACACCAGGAAUUUCACAGUGGGGAGAGACCAUCCACCUGCUUGGAAUGUGGGAAGGAAUUUGCUGAGACACCAGCGAGUUCACAAGUAACCACAGUGAUUGGAUUUUGCUGUUAAUCAUAAUUAGGACUGAAGCAUGUCCAUUGGGUCUGUUUCUGUUGAUGUUAUUAAACUCCAGCCCAGUUAUAGGGGCUAAUAUUCUGGAUAAAAGUCAAAUA